AUGGAUUCCCUGCCUCAAAUCCGUCAAACUCUGGAAAAGAUAAGGGCUCGAACUCCCGAGCCCCUCCGUCUCGCCUUCCGCAUCCAUUUCGGGAGCUUGCCCGCCUCCGCCGCCGGCGCGCGCCAAGACGUCGCCAGGUACCUCGCCGCCCUCUCGAAUAUGUACGAGCCCGAGGACCUGAUGGAGUUCGACGAGGUCCCAUUGAAGAUGGAAUUCGCCAGUUGCUACCUUCCCGAUCAUGACGAAGACGCCCAUUUCGCCCAUGCCGAGCCUGGCGUGAUUGGCGUCGCAGACGGCGUCGGGGGCUGCCGCGGGAAAGGCAUGGACGCCGCCGCCUUCUCGCGCAAGAUCAUGGAGAACGCCCGCGCCGAGGUCGAGUCCUGCGUCCCCGGAACUCACAUCUGCCCCUGCGGGCUGCUGGAGCGAUCUUACCUGCGCGCAGUGGCGGCGCGCACUCCGGCCGCCUCCACUGCCAUCAUCCUCUCGCUCACCGGCAGAUUCCUCAAGUGGGCGUACGUCGGCGACAGCGGCUUCGCCGUGUUCCGCCGCGGCAAGAUCAUCCAGCGCUCGCAACCGCAACAGAACUACUUCAACUGCCCAUACCAGCUACGCUCCGAAGGCGGAAACAAGAUCAGUGACGCGGCGGUUGGCGAGGUCAGGGUGAAAGCCGGCGACGUGGUGGUCGUCGGCUCCGACGGGCUGUUUGACAACGUCUUCGACUCCGGGCUGGAGAGGAUCGUGCAGAUGGGCGCGGCCGUGAAGCUCCCUCCGGAUUUAUUGGCCAACGUCAUCGCAGAGGAAGCUUACGUCAAGGCCAGGAGCUCCGGGGACUCGCCCUUCAGCGUCUCAUGCAGGGAACAGACUGGGACGAGCUGCAGAGGCGGGAAGGAGGAUGAUAUCACAGUCGUCGUGGCAUACAUUCUUGAGUAG